AUGUUAUUAUACUUAUUUAUACUGUUAUUUUUCUCAAUAACUUGUUUAUCAUUACCAACAGAAUUAACAUUGGGCUUUCUCGGCCCUACGAAUGAUAAUAAUGUAGCAAGUCUCGUAGGUGGACAUCCAGCAUUGUUUGCAUUUAAAUUAGCAAUUAAAUCUAUAAAUAAUCGGUCAGAUCUUCUACCAAAUACUAAAUUAAAUUGUAUAAUUCAUAAUACAAAUUCAAGUGUUGGCAACACUAUUAUUGACACAUUUAUACAAAUACAAAAUUAUAGUGUCAUAGGCAUUAUAGGUGAAUACAAUUCAUUGACAUCACAGGCUGCUCAGUUUGUUGCACGUCAUUACAAAAUACCACAAAUAUCAUAUGGAGCUACAUCAGCUAUAUUUACAGCUGAUCAAAGCGAACAGUAUCCAUAUUUUCUACGUACAAUACCAGAUUUAAAUUUAGAAUUAAAUGCAUUAGCGUAUUUUAUUCAUAAACAAGAAUGGCAUAAUAUUGCUCUUUUAUAUACAUCAGAUAGACCUAAUUUUCAUAAUGUUGACAGAUUUAUUAACUCAACAAAAUCAUUAAAUAUAACUAUACUUACUCGUAGAGCAUUUGUUAGUGGUGCUGUUAAUAUUAGUUUAGCAGAUCAUUUUGCAGAAAUAAAAAACUCAAAAGCACGUAUUAUUGUAUUUAUUGGUACAUUAAAAGAUCAAAAAGAAGUCAUUCGUAAUUGUUUAGAAUUAGCUCCUGAAUUAAUUUUUAAUGGUUAUCAAUGGAUUGCUGUUCAUAAUAGUAUGUAUCGAGCUGUCUAUUUGAAUUCCAGUAGAGGUAUUGAACAAGAUAACUAUAAAUGGGUACAAGGACUUAUUGGUUUACAAAAUUCUGCUGCAACUAAUUCACCGGAGUAUAAAAAAUAUAGGAAAGAAUGGUAUUCUACCCCAUUCGAUAUAGAAACACCAAGUAUUUAUCCAAAUGAUACUAAAGAAGAUAUACCAAUUAUUGCUAAUUUUGCUUAUGAUGCUUGUCUAAUGUUUGCUCAUGCUCUUCAUCAAAUGAUCGAAAAAGAUAAAAUAGAUCCAACUCUAGAAGAAAAUCGAUCAUCGUAUUUGAGUAUUCUAAAAAAUAUUAGUUUCUCCGGUGUUAGUGGUAUUGUUUCAGUAGAUAGAAAUGGGGAUCGUUCACCAGCUUCGUUCGAUAUUCUUAAUUUUCAAAAUGAUUCACUUGUUAAAAUUGGCUCAAUAACUGGUGAAGGAUAUCUUACUUCAUUUAAUGAAACUGCGGUUAUCUAUAUGCACGGAAACCGAAUUAAACCAUUGGAUUUACCUAGUCGACCUAUAAUAAAAAUUUCUCGUUGGAUAAUGAUUAGUAUGAUAACUGGAAGUAUAAUAUGUACUAUUCUUUCAUUAUUUAUGAUUAUUUUAACAUAUAGUCUACGUCAAACACCCGUUUUUAAAGCAUCAAGUCCAACUUUUUUAAUUCUAAUGUUAAUUGGAGUGGGCUGUUUGACAUUAUCGGUUGUACCACGUUCAUUAGAAGGAUUAUUCUCAACCUCAACUGUUGUAUGUAUAUUGGAUUUAUGGCUUGCUAAUAUUAGUUAUACAUUAAUUAUUGGAACAUUACUGCGGGAAAAUCUUCAAAGUACUGCAAGAGUCGCAGAAAAUGAAAAAUUUUAA